AUGGGCGUGGCCUGUGGUGGGCGUGGCUUCACGGCGGAGUUUGAGCGGCAGUUUGAGCGGCAGGUGGCGUCGCUGCGCGCCGCGGCCGCCUCGGGGGACGGCGACUUCGCGGUGUCGCAGGCGGAGCUGUCGUCGCGACAGGCGAUGCUGGAGAACGCCUCCGACAUCAAGCUGGAGAAGUUCAGUAUCUCGGCUCACGGGAAGGAACUUUACGUCAACGCCGACCUCAACAUCGUGGCCGGGCGCCGCUACGGCCUGGUGGGGCCCAACGGGAAGGGGAAGACGACGCUGCUGAAGCACAUCGCCAACAGAGCCCUCAACAUCCCCCCCAACAUCGACGUGCUGCUCUGUGAGCAAGGUGUGUACGAGGAGCUGCGGGCCACAGGUGCGGCGGCGGCCGAGGCCAAGGCGCGGCGGAUCCUGGCCGGGCUCGGCUUCACCCCCGAGAUGCAGAACAGGAGCACCCGGAAAUUCUCGGGGGGGUGGAGGAUGAGGGUGUCCCUGGCCAGGGCUCUGUUCCUGGAGCCGACGCUGUUGAUGUUGGACGAGCCCACCAAUCACCUGGACCUGAACGCCGUCAUCUGGCUCAACAAUUACCUGCAGGGCUGGAAGAAAACGCUGCUGGUGGUGUCGCACGACCAGGGGUUCCUGGACGACGUCUGCACCGACAUCAUCCACCUGGAUUCCCAGAGGCUGCACUACUACCGCGGGAAUUACAUGACCUUUAAGAAGAUGUACCAGCAGAAACAGAAAGAGCUGAUGAAACAAUUCGAGAAGCAGGAGAAGAAACUGCGAGACCUCAAAGCCGGGGGGAAAUCCACCAAGCAGGCGGAGAAGCAGACCAAGGAGGCUCUGACGCGGAAGCAGCAGAAGUGUCGGCGGCGGGCGCCGGACGAGGCCUCGGCCGAGGCUCCGGAGCUGCUGCGGAAACCUCGGGAAUAUUCCGUGCGCUUCACCUUCCCCAACCCGCCCCCCCUGAGCCCCCCCAUCCUCGGCCUGCACGGCGUGGAUUUUGGCUACGAGGGCCAGGAGCUGCUGUUCCGCAACCUGGAUUUUGGGAUCGACAUGGAAUCCCGAGUUUGCAUCGUGGGCCCCAACGGGGUGGGGAAGAGCACCCUGCUGCAGCUGCUGACCGGGGCCCUGACACCG